GACAAAAGAAGUUGUCAAAAAUGAAAAUGGCAAUCGCAGAAAUUAUUUUGGAAAUGAUUCGUGGUUUUUGUUGCUGUUUUGUAUUUUUUUACUAAUCUCACUAUCAAAUGGUGCCAGAUGAUUGGGAAUAUCAAAACAUUGAUUAGAAGGCCCAAUAUCUUUUAGCUGAUAAGUAAAAUGGCUAGUGAUUUACAAAUUAAUAGUAUUCCAUUGUCAUCUCUUAGCUUUGAGUUUCGGAGUAUAUUAUCCUGUUUAGAUUCCAAAAAAAUAUUACCAAGUGAUGGACCAGACAGGUUACCAAGAGACUGGAGAGGCCUAACCUCACUACUGAACAUAUCAAUAGAAAUAGUAGGAACCAUAAGUGAACACCCAGAGAAAACGGGGAAAGUUCUCGACCUAUGGAUGCAGAGAAAUGAUGGGACCGCCACCCUCGGGAAAUUGCUGGAAUACCUAGAAAGACUGGACCGAUUUGAUGUGUAUGAUGAUUUACUUGACCUAGUUAAAAGAAGGAACCUCUCACUGUCCAACGCGAACCAAGUGGCCCUGAUAAACAGCCAGCCGGCCCCGCAGCCACAGAACGACCUGAUCACAUUUGAGGAUGUCGAAGCAGGCUACCCCCAGUUCUACGACGCGUACGUCCUCUACGCCGCGGAGGACUCCAGCUUUGUCAAUGACCUCUUGAACCGGAUGAGGACGAAAGGGUUCAAGCUAUGCACAAUAAACGACUUAGUCCCGGGGCACCAGACGCCGUACGGCCCCGUGGCGCAGCUGAUCGAGACCCGCUGCCACCGCAUCAUCCUGGUGUACUCACCGGAGUUCCUCAACAGCCCGGACAACAAGUUCUUCUCCGACCACGCCCAGGCUGUGGGCAUUGAAUCGAAGAAGCGCAACAUUAUCCCGAUCAUCUACCGCGAGUGCCAGGUGCCGGCCAACCUGCGCUACUACCACAAGCUGAAGUACCAGCCGCACGAGCUCUGGUACGACUUCUGGGAGAAGCUCAGCAAGUCGCUCGAGGUGCACAGAGCCAUAGUCAGGUCGUCCCAGUCAGCGGUGAACAUCACAGAGUUGAUCUCGGACAAGGCUCCGGUGAACAAUGGGUAUCUGAUGAACAACUCUCACAACCUCACUGUCAGUCGGACUACCAUUAGUGAUAUCACUACUGAUAAGGUGGACAUAUCGGACAGCCGGUCGCUGGACAGCAUCAGCCAGUCGUCGGGCGCCCUCAAGAGCUCCAAGCGCGGGUCGGUGUCGCGGCUGCUGCGCUUCUUCAAGCCCAACAAGCAGAAGUCCAAGCUCAAGUGCGCCGUCGACGCCUGACCCUCUGGUGUUUGCUGCGCGUGAGUCACGCUUGUGUCGGGGCUGAGCCAAAGAAAACUAUAGACAAUAAGUUGGCGAUGCCAAAUGAGAUAGAAAAUUUCCAGAGAUGAGAGACAAAAUAUAUUAACAUUCUGUCCCGUUUCUUCAUCUUGUUGAAGCUAAAUAUCUUUCGAUGUGACGAUGUCUAUAGUUUUCUCUGUUUACAUGUUGGGUCAUACUCGUUGGGGUAGGGUAGCAUAUUAAACACCAGUCUAUUUUUUAAUACAAGAUAGAGAAGAUACAUGUUGUGCUCUGCGGCGGAGCCGUUAUACCUAACCUCUAUAGCAAAAACGAACAGUCGUUUUGCUUCCUCGUACCAAUCAUGCUCAACAAGGGUUUUUUCAUAGAAAUAUAUUUUUUUUAUAUCACGCAGUACUUCUGUCACAUGUCUUUGUAACACAAUAAUUUUAAUGAAUCGAAUAUUUCUGACAUUGGUUCACCAAAUGUGAAAGUUGGAAGCCGAAGUUAGCCGAUUAUCUCACAAGCUAAAUGGAUGUAGUCGCUGGUUACUGUAGCAAAGUAGUACAAAUGCUUCAAUGAAUGAUCGCAAUCUUGUUACAUAUAUGUCUUGUCCAGUCUUCAUCCAACGCAAAGGCCGCUUUUACUAUAUAUUUAAUUUAUAUUGUAAGAAAUAUUGAAAUAUUUUAUGUUGUAUGUAUGUUCCUUAUUCUAGCAUCAGAUAAUACGUAAUUUCAUUCUAAGUCCAAUUUUCAUAUGUCAUGUGCGUCAGGCCUAUAUACAUCACAAAGAUCCAUCAUCAGCCUUUCCUUGCUAUUAUCUGUGGUUGUAAAUAAAUCGCAAACCACGUUAUUUUUCAGCUUUAUUACAUUAAACUUUAUAAACAAAAAUUACUUUAUAAACAUUUAUAAAUAAUAGGGUUGAUGACAUUUUUUUUAUUUUUAUGACUAUUCGAAGGCCCUUGAUCAUUAGAAACACCAGUGAAAAAAAUACUGUGAUAAUGACAAUACUUUCAAAAAUAAAAUCACACAUUUUUGGACUCGUCCACACGCUCCGUACUAGAUGAUAGACUAACCUGACGUCACGAUUGAGCAAUAUCUUAGCGAAAAAAAUAACUGCGUUUGUUCAACAGCUAACUUUAUUGUUGGGUUUAUGGUGAUGAUAAGUUGUUACAAAAUUUUAGCUUAUUACGAUGGUUGAGUUUAUUUUAAUAAUUUUAUUGUUUUUUUAAAUGUGUUCCAACCAACUUGAAACCUUCGCAUCCAGCGCCAUUACUACUGUCUAUAGGUCGGUCGGUAUGUACAGAAGUGUACCUAGGUGUAUAGUCUAUAGAGCACACAUAUUUCUUACAUACAAUUUUCUGCCCUUGUCAUCUACCCUAUUAUGUCAUGUAAUUUCAGUUUUAAUGAAAUAUAUAUCUCAUAUAUUCCAUACUUUCUAUUUCGUUCAAAGAAUAUGCUCUGAACUUCAGAAAUUUAAAUAAGGUUUAUGUAAAUUUUUUAUGAGAUAAGCUUAUAAGUAAAUGGAUUAUUUUGUAUGAAUUGUGUAAAAAUAUUAGUUACGUAAGGUUGAAACGUAUAUUCACCAAAAAGUUUUAAGAGAGAUUUGUUAUAUAUUUUUAUCGUUGUUAAAAUAAAAAAUUGUUUGAAAAUUUUUGUGAAUGUGAAACAUUCCUGCUAAAUAGGCCUUUUUUAGAUGGUAUUUUUAUACUAAUAAAAAUAUUUUUAUACUAAUAAAAAUAUUUUUAUAUAUCUAGUGAAGUACCUUAUGGACGGUUUUUGUAUGUUUUUAUUAUGAAUUCAAACAGUUUUUGUGUCGCAGAUUACAGAGAUUUACAUAGCUAAAAAUCGACCUUAAGGUACAUAUAUCAUUGGGACUUAUAUUGAUUAAAUGUUGUGAAAUUAUUUUUGUAAAAUGUUGAUGUAUUUAUAAGCAUUUGUUUUGGAGAAAUUUACAAUAACAAGAGAAACGUGCCUUCACAAUAUAAAUAUUUACAAGCGUCCUCCAGUAGGCGUAUCUGUAAUUAAUUAAUCUGUAAAUAAACGAGAUUAGAUUUGU